UACCUCCACGCAACCGCAAGGGAGAGCUGCGAGCCGAUUCGAACAGCGAAAGCGAAACCCUGCUUCCUGACCGCCAUAGUGCAGUGAUACAGCGAGUUUUUCCCUCGUUGCCUUCGUAAUUGCUUCGUCCGCUUUGAGCCCUAGCUGCUCGAAUAGCUCGCAGGUAGUGGACGCGAUGCUCUCGACGCCCAUGUUUGCAAACGGCGGAAGGAUGAAGGAGUACCAUCACUCUGGCUCGACGGAGUGCCGAUUCUCGCCUUACGCCUAUAACGGGGGGACAGUGCUGGCGGUUGCCGGCGAAGACUUCGCCAUUGUGGCCUCCGACACACGGCUGAGCGAGGGCUACUCCAUCCACAGCCGGGACUCGCCCAAGUGCUACAAGCUGACAGACACAACAGUCCUGGGUUGUAGUGGUUUCCAUGGAGACUGCUUGACACUAACUAAAAUCAUUGAUGCCAGACUCAAGAUGUACAAGCACUCCAACAACAAGAGCAUGACCAGUGGUGCCAUUGCAGCCAUGCUGUCCACCAUCCUGUACGGACGGCGCUUCUUCCCCUACUAUGUGUACAACAUCAUUGGGGGUCUGGAUGAAGAGGGGCGUGGCGCUGUGUACAGUUUUGACCCUGUGGGGUCCUACCAGAGAGACUCCUACAAGGCUGGUGGCUCAGCCAGUGCCAUGCUACAGCCGCUUCUGGACAAUCAGAUUGGUUUCAAGAACAUGGAGAAUGUGCAGCACCUGCCGCUUACCUUGGAGAAGGCCAUGCAGCUGGUGAAGGAUGUCUUCAUUUCUGCUGCUGAGAGAGAUGUGUACACUGGAGAUGCACUCAAACUUUGUAUAAUUACCAAGGAGGGCAUCAAGGAGGAGAUGGUUCCUCUCAGGAAGGACUGAAGGGUUAGGGUUUGUUUUCCCAUCCCUAACUAGUUAAUGUGUUUUUCUUUUUUCUGCUGAUGGAAAUUGGAAUUUUCUAUUUUUACUCUGACUUAAGGUAAAUAAAGUAUGAUGCCAUCCCUUUCCUCA